GGGCAGCCUAAAACCACAACAGCACAACUCUCUCAUUCUCUCUCUCUCUCUCACAACGUCUCUCUGAGAGACUGAGACCUCACUCUCUCUCAAGUCUCAACGGCUCUCUCUCUCACUCCCUCGCAACGUCCCCGGCGGUGAGUCGGUGACUGGUCUGGAGCUCCAUAGCUCUCAAUCACACUCGCAUCGGAUCUGAGAAGCCACACACACGCACCACUCUCUCUGACUCUCAUCACAAAGACUCAAACGGUCAAUACCGACCCGACUCAAGUGAAACCCUAGAAUCUAGAUCCAGAACUAGAUCUGAGUUUUCUGUUGCCGUUGCCGUUGCCGUUCAGCGGUCCAAACCCUAGAUCUGACUCCGAGCAGCGGUUCAGGCGUCUUUUUAUCGACAGUUGGAAUCAAAAUCACCCAGUUGGUGUUGGAUUGAAACUUCAAGGAUGUCAGUUGAUCCUACUUUUUUGGAUGAUGAUUUGUCUUCGGGCUCAGGAGAGGAUGUGAAUAUGCUAGAUGGACACAAGCAGCGCCAGUCCGCUACACCAAGUUCAGGUCGUCGUAAGAGAAGUCGUAAGGCUACUGGUGAUGCUAUAGUUGAUGCCAUGCUAGAAAUAGCAGCUGCUUCAAAAAUGAGGGCAACUGAAAUUAUGAAGAAUGAGGACCGAUUUUCCAUAAGCAAAUGCAUAAAAGUAUUGGAUGAGAUGCAAAUUGUUGAUCAGCGCCUCUACUUUUUUGCAUUGGAUUUAUUUGAGAAUCCCAAUGCGAGAGAAAUUUUCAUAGCUCUUAAGAGUGAGAAACGACUGACGUGGCUGCAGGGAAAGUUUAGUGCUUCCUCUGGUUCAGUAGUCUAAGAGACUUGACUGAAAUUCGCUCCUUUUUUGGUUUGAAGUUCUUUAUAAUCACUAUAGUUAUAGUAGUCUUCUGUGAAACCUUUAUGUUUGUACUUGGUUUGAGUUAUGGUUGACAAAUUUGUUUGUUAGGGUUGGAUGAAUGAUUGCACUAUUUUCUUUUCUGCAUUUCUAUCUGGUCUAAGGUUGUUUUUGCUUGAAAGCUAUGAGAUGUCUUUGGAAGUUGUUGUCAGCAGUUUGCGUCGUUUAACUUAUCAGUUAAGUUUUCUUUCAUAAAUGCUGUUUUAAAUUGUACAUUUGAGUAUUCGACAGAUUAAUCGACUGGCAUGGAGGAUUUUGAAUUAGAAUUGGACGAGAUGGAAUUAGUUGCUGCAGCUGCUGGUUACCAUUAUUAUAAUAGCUUAACUAAGCAACCUCGCUGUAGCCGUAAUGAGUCGCCUUGUGGGACUAGGUUUAUGGUUGAAGUAUUGAAUGGUGAUGAUGAUGGAUGCCGUGAAAUGUUUAGGAUGGAUAAACAUGUAUUCCACAAGUUAUGUGCCACUCUUCGACAGAAAGGCAUGCUACGUGACACUCCUGGAGUUAUGAUAGAGGAGCAGCUUGGCAUUUUCUUGAACAUUGUGGGACACAAUGAGCGCAACAGAGUAAUCCAAGAACGCUUUGAACAUUCAGGCGAAACAAUUAGCAGGCACUUCAAUAAUGUGUUGAAGGCAGUUAAGUCAUUGUCACGUGAGUUCCUACAACCCCCACCAAUAUCUACUCCUACAGAAAUCCUCACAAGUAACAGAUUUCACCCAUAUUUCAAGGAUUGCCUUGGAGUGAUAGAUGGUAUGCACCUCCCUGCACAUGUGCCAGCCAAAGAUCAAUCUCGAUUCCGUAAUAAGAAAGGUGUUCUAUCACAAAAUGUUUUGGCAGCUUGCACAUUUGACCUGCAAUUUAUUUUCAUUUAUCCGGGUUGGGAAGGCUCAGCUGCAGAUUCCCGAGUACUGAGAGCAGUCCUCGACGAUCCUGAUCAGAAUUUUCCUCAAAUUCCUCAAGGGAAGUACUAUCUUGUUGACAGUGGUUACUCAAAUACGGAAGGAUUUAUUGCUCCAUUUGAAGGCAUUCGACACCACAUCCAUGAUUAUAGGGGUGCUAAUCUGUUACCGAGAAAUGCAAAGGAGCUAUUCAAUCACCGACACUCCUGCUUAAGAAAUGCAAUCCAGAAGUCCUUUGAAGUAUUGAGAAGGCGGUUUCCUAUUCUCAAAGUGGCUCCUCAAUAUGCUUUCCAUAUUCAAAGGGAUAUAGUUAUAGCUGCAUGUGUUCUACAUAACCUCAUCCGGCGCGAGGAAAGAAAUGACUGGUUGUUUGCUGCUGCUGCUGCUGAAGGGCCUUCAAGUGAAGAUUUGCCUGAUUUGGAAGAUGGACCAGAGAUGCUGGCUUCCCCGGUUGAAGGACAGAUUGCUUCUUCAUUGCGAGACUUUAUUGCAACAGCAAUGUGGAAUGACUUCAUAACUAAAUGGGAUGAGUGGUGACUGUUUAGUUGAUAGUGACAAUGGUUCUUGUUGAGAUGCUGUCAUACAACAUCGGGUAACUCUUUUUUGGAUGCUGAAUGCGGUACUCUAAAGUGGGAGGGUCUAUUCCUUUUGCAACUUGUUUAAGAAUACCCUACAUUGUGGUUUUGUUCAACCCCUCUGUGUGUGUGUCUGUGUGGGUGUGUGUGUAAGUAGGUUCGUGGUGAGUUUUAAAUUUCUUAAAUCAGUCAUGUUCUUGAUGCCUGCUUCACUUCAUGUAAGCCAAAUUUAACUUCUUCGUUCUGCAAGUGAGCAAUUUGUGCUGCUGUUUGGAAAUGAGCAAAUGCUCCUUGGGUCACGCUACGAGAGAAGACAACAAAGUUGCAUGUAAAUUAGCAGACUUGCGUUGUGUGGCUUCUUCCCAAGAGUGCCAUGUGGUGUCCUUGAUCCUUGCCCCUUGGGUAUUAGAGAAAAUUUGGAUACUAACGGUUUUUUGGAGACAAAAAUACUAGUCACGGUUGACAUUUUGUAUAGAUAGAGCAUGAUCUAGUUUCGAGUUUUAUAGCCUUUCGACCAUCUAAACGUGGCAGUGAAGGAAGGAGGAGAAUAGCUUCUGUUUCUAGCCACAAUUGAGGUCCCUAUGGCCUUCAAGUUACUGGUGGAGAAAAGAAGCCUUGGUCGCAUAACUCUUAUUAUGUAAGCCCUGAGGACGCCCAUAGAGAACACUGCGAAUCCAAAUAUCCUAGCAUAGCCCUCAAGCCCAGCACAUCUUCUCUUAUGGAGGAUAGACAGCUCUCUGGAAAGAUGGCUAAGGAUGAUAAGUACUACGGAGAGAGGAGAACUUUUAAUGAGCAUUGCAACUCAGCCAGUGCAAUGAUUCGUCCAACAAAUGAAACUAGGGCUGCCAAUAGGGAUCGGAGUGAGUUUCCACAGCAGCUGCAUGCAAGGAAAAGAUCAAUGUCUGGGGCACUGCAAUGGACAAAUCAGAUAAAAAGAUCGACAGUGGAGUUACCAUCUAGUUUCAACGAGGAUGAAACUUGUUCUUCUGAGGAUUAAGAAAGUGGUAGAUGGGGAAGUUCAAGAGGGUCUUCUGAAGAUUAUCUCUGAGGGAGAGAGAGAGAGGGAACUGAGACCCGAGUGUAUGUCAUAAAAGACGUUCUUCGGCUGUAAAUUUCAAAAUGCUGUGUUUUAUGAUUCUUCAGCUGUAAAGCAAGUGGGACCAUUGUAAGUAGCACGAUAGAUGUUUCAGAUUCCCCUCCAGUGCCUACAUGUUUGUAGAUGAUGCACAUAAUUGGGUUCAUUCUUGUAUUAAAACACUUUGAUGUGCUCAUUUUUAUCGUUGAGUGGUGCUUCUGUCUUGUCGUAGAACAGUGAAUUAAAGGUAACUUUUGAAACGUGCUCCUUAUGGUUCUGAAAAUUUAUUUGAAGUUCUACAGGCU